AUGGCAAAACGGCACGUAUACAAAGGCUCCUACACCAAAUGUUAUCCCGCAUCACUUAAUACCAGUCUACGUCGUACCAAUAUGAUAAAAUAUAUUGAAGCGAUCUUUAAAUAUCUCUGCGCGGCUUAUCGUACCGCUGUAUCCAAUUACUUACCGAUCGUGACAGUUGUCAUCGUUAUUACACUAAGCCUAUUACUUCCCAACAAAGUCAAUAAGAACAAUGAGUUGAAAGAAAUAAACCAAGUUUUGGGCCACAUGACGGACGAAGUAAAACGUGCAGAGGUGGCUUGUCUGACUGCGUCUGAUGAGGUUCAAUGCCUGCGUCAUUCUAUAUGUAACCAAGAAACAGAGACAAUGCGGGAACAACGAGAUCUAUCAGUGUGCACAAGCCGCGACUUUCUCACCACACAAUCAGCGCCCAUUCAAAACAAGAAAAUUGGUUUCUUUCGUAGAUUCUUCCCUCAGAGAAACGUAUCAAGAAAGGAAAUAGCUAUAAUGUCGAUCGUGUACACCGAAUCUAUGGAUGCUAAAAAUAAACUAAAUGCAGUUAAAACUAUAUGA